UGGAGAGGGAUCGGGACCGAGGCUCGGCGCAGAGACAUGUAGCGCCUGGCUGCUCUCAAAGCCCGGGUUUGGAGACGCGCCUUCAUUCUACUCAUGAUUUCUCUGUAGUCUGGUCCAGGGCAUCUGCUGCAGUGAUGUUCAGGAACAGCUUGAAGAUGCUGCUGACGGGGGGGAAGGCCAACCGCAAGAGUCGCAGCAGUGAUGGCGGGAGCGAGGACCUGGCAGAUGCCCGCUCGCCCGGUCUAGACCCUCACCUGUGCCACGUCGGCCAAGGUGGCAGCAUCGACAGCGACUGCGCCUUCGAAGGAGACUACGCGGUGCCGCCGCUCUCCAUGACCGAGGGCAUGCAGCACAUUCGCAUAAUGGAGGGCGUGUCCCGCUCGCUGCCCUCCUCCCCGAUGCUCACCCACCAGACCAUCAGUGUCCGGCUGCAGCCAGUGAAGAAGCUCACAGCCCCUCUGCGGAAAGCAAAGUUUGUGGAGAGCCCGCGCAUUCCUCAAUCAGAGCUUGGCUCCCCUACACACACCUGCUCCACUGCCAAGAAUCCAGACCUGGACACAUUCUGCCCUGGGGAGUCAAGCCGGGAGCUGGGCCCCCCUCCGUCGGUGGACGAGGCAGCCAACACAUUGAUGACGCGCCUGGGUUUCCUUCUGGGAGACAAAGCGAACGAGGGGCCAGCCGGCACCCAGUACAGCAUGGAGGAACCCGAGGCGAGACAGGUAAUGGGCCAGAACCAGAGGAUCAGCCCCUGCUCCACCCUGACCAGCAGCACUGCCUCCCCCCCUGCAGGCAGCCCCUGCUCCACCCUCCCCCCCACCAUGCCAGGCCAGGCCGGCGGCAGGGACUGUGCCUAUGGCUCCGUCACCAGUCCCACCUCAACACUGGAGAGCAGGGACAGCGGGAUUAUCGCCACUCUGACCAGCUACUCCGAGAACGUGGAGCGAGGCGGCAAAUACGGCGAGGGCUCCCGGGCCAACCUCAAGCUGUGGCAGUCCCAGAAAUCAGGCAUGGACUCGUUCCUGUACAGGGUGGAUGAGAACAUGACCGCCUCCACUUACAGCCUCAACAAAAUCCCCGAGCGCAGCCUGGAGAGCAUGUCCUCCCACUCCGCCCACUCCAUCCCUCUGUACCUCAUGCCCCGCCCUAACUCUGUGGCAGCGACUAGCUCCGCCCACCUGGAGGACCUGGCCUACCUGGAUGAGCAGAGGCACACGCCGCUACGCACCUCGCUGCGCAUGCCCAGGCAGAGCACCACCUGCGGGCCGGGUCGCUCCGGGCAGGACCUGAGAGCUUCCGCAAAUAACAGCAAUGCCUGGCAAUCCCAGUCACUACGGUUUGCUCCUUAUCGGCCUCAAGACAUCGCCCUCAAGCCUCUGCUGUUCGAGGUGCCGAGCAUCACCAUGGACUCCGUCUUCACGGGCCGCGAGUGGCUCUUCCAGGAGAUCGACGCCCACCUCAACAGCCCCAACUCCACCACCAACCGCGGCGUGGUGGUCGUCGGCAACAUCGGCUUCGGAAAGACUGCGAUCAUGUCCCGCCUGGUGGCGCUCAGCUGCCACGGCACCCGCAUGAGACAGAUCGCCUCGGACAGCCCGCAGGCCUCGCCCAAACAUGGAGAGGGGCUCCCCCUCACCCAGCCUCAGCCCACGCACGGCACCCUGGGAGGAGGCAGCUGUCCAGGGACCCCUGAGAUGAGGCGGCGUCAGGAAGAAGGCAUGAGGAGGCUGGCGUCUCAGGUGGUGGCGUAUCACUACUGCCAGGCGGAUAACGCCUACACCUGCCUGGUGCCGGAGUUCGUGCACAACGUGGCCGCUCUGCUGUGUCGCUCUCCGCACCUCGUGGCCUACAGGGAGCAGCUGCUGAGGGAGCCGCACCUCCAGAGCAUCCUGAGCCUGCGCUCCUGCGUCCAGGACCCGCUGGCCUCCUUCAGGAGGGGGGUGCUCGAGCCCCUGGAUACACUUUACAAAGAGAGGAAGAUCAGCUCGGAGGAGGACCUCAUCAUCCUCAUCGACGGCUUGAACGAGGCAGAGUUCCACAAACCGGACUACGGAGACACCAUCGUGUCCUUCCUCACCAAAACCGUCAACAAGUUCCCUCCCUGGCUGAAGCUGGUGGUCACAGUCAGAACCACGUUACAGGAGAUCACCUCCGCGCUGCCGUUCCACCGCAUCUCCCUGGACGGCCUGGAGGAGAACGAUGCCAUCGACCAGGACCUGCAGGGCUACAUCCUGCACCGCAUCCACAGCAGCCCGGAGAUCCAGAACAACAUCUCGCUCAACGGCAAGAUGGACAACACCACGUUCGGCAAGCUCAGCGCCCACCUCAAGGCCCUGAGCCAGGGCUCCUAUCUGUACCUCAAGCUCACCUUUGACCUCAUCGAGAAGGGCUACCUGGUUCUGAAAAGCUCCAGCUAUAAGGUGGUGCCAGUCAACCUGGCCGAGGUCUACCUGCUGCAGUGCAACAUGCGCUUCCCCACGCAGUCGUCGUUCGAGCGGGCGCUGCCUCUGCUCAACGUGGCCGUGGCGUCGCUGCAUCCGCUGAACGACGAGCAGAUAUACCAGGCCAUCAACGCCGGCUCGGUGCAGGGCACUCUGGACUGGGAGGACUUCCAGCAACGUGUGGACAACCUGUCGGUCUUCCUGGUGAAGAGGAGGGACGGCACCAGGAUGUUCGUUCACCCGUCCUUCAGGGAGUGGUUGAUCUGGAGAGAGGAGGGAGAAAAGACAAAGUUCCUGUGUGACCCAAGGAGCGGUCACACCCUUCUGGCCUUCUGGUUUUCUCGGCAGGAGAACAAGCUGAACAGACAACAGACCAUCGAGCAGGGCCAUCACAUCCUCAAAGCACAUAUCUUCAAGGGUCUCAGCAAGAAAGUUGGGGUUUCCUCAUCUAUCUUGCAAGGCCUGUGGGUAUCCUACAGCUCUGAGGGCCUUUCAGCUGCUCUGUCCUCACUGAGGAACCUCUACACCCCCAACAUCAAGGUGAGCCGGCUACUGAUGAUGGGCGGUGGCAACGUGAACUACCGGACGGAGGUGCUGAACAACGCCCCCGUCCUGUGCGUCCACUCCCACCUGGGCUACAUGGACAUGGUGGCUCUGCUGCUGGAGUACGGCGCCUCCGUGGACGCCCCGUCUGAAAGCGGUCUGACGCCGCUGGGCUACGCCGCCGCCGGGGGACACAUGUCCAUCGUGACCGCCCUCUGCCGCAGGAGAGCAAAGGUCGACCACCUGGAUAAGAACGGCCAGUGCGCCCUGGUGCACGCGGCGCUGAGGGGCCACAUGGAGGUGGUGAAGUUCCUCAUCCAGUGCGACUGGAGCCUGGGGCCGCAUCAGCAGCAACAGUCACCACAGACACAACAACAGACGGCGUUCACCAAGAGCCACGCCGUGCAGCAGGCGCUCAUCGCCGCAGCCAGUAUGGGAUACACAGAGAUCGUGUCCUACCUGCUGGACCUGCCGGAGAAAGACGAAGAGGAGGUGGAGCGGGCUCAGAUCAAUAACUUCGACACCCUGUGGGGGGAGACAGCUCUGACCGCAGCCUCCGGUCGGGGGAAGCUGGAGGUUUGUCGCCUGUUACUGGAACAAGGUGCGGCCGUGGCUCAGCCCAACAGACGAGGCAUCGUCCCGCUGUUCAGCGCCGUCCGACAGGGACACUGGCAGAUCGUGGACCUCCUCCUCACACACGGAGCAGAUGUCAACCUGGCGGACAAGCAGGGUCGCAGCCCUCUGAUGAUGGCCGCCUCAGAGGGACACCUGGGCACUGUGGAGUAUUUACUAUCUCAAGGAGCUUCUCUGUCUCUGAUGGAUAAGGAGGGUCUGACCUCUCUGAGCUGGGCGUGUCUGAAGGGCCACUUACCUGUGGUCCGCUGCCUGGUGGAGAACGGAGCGGCCACCGACCACGCAGACAAGAACGGACGCACGCCCCUGGACCUGGCGGCUUUCUAUGGCGACUCUGAAGUGGUCCAGUUCUUGGUCGACCACGGGGCCAUGAUAGAGCACGUGGACUACAGCGGGAUGCGACCCCUCGACAGGGCGGUGGGCUGCAGGAACACGUCGGUGGUGGUCGCCCUGCUCAAGAAAGGAGCCAAGAUAGGAUGUCAGACGCUGCCCAGUCGGCCCCGAGGUCCAGCCACAUGGGCCAUGGCCACCUCCAAACCCGACAUCAUGAUCAUCUUACUCAGCAAACUCAUCGAGGAGGGGGACGGCUUCUACAAGAAGGGGAAGGUGAAGGAGGCGGCGCAGCGUUAUCAAUAUGCCCUCAAAAAGUUUCCACGCGAAGGCUUCAGCGAGGACCUCAAGACGUUCAGGGAACUCAAAGUAUCGCUCUUCCUCAACCUGUCCCGAUGUCGGAGGAAAAUGAACGACUUUGGGAUGGCUGAGGAAUUUGCUACGAAGGCACUCGAACUGAAACCAAAAUCUUACGAAGCUUAUUACGCCAGGGCCCGCGCCAAGCGUAGCAGCAGACAAUUUCCUGAAGCCUUAGAGGACUUGAAUGAAGCCAUAAAGCAGUGCCCCAACAACCGAGAGAUCCAGCGGCUGCUCCAGAGGGUGGAGGAGGAGUUUCACAUGCUCGACCAGGAGGAGCACCAGCAGCAGGACCUGGAACUGGAGCCUCCUCCCUCCCCGCCUCCUACGCCUCCCCCGGAAGAGGAGGAGUCACUCUCCCUAUCCAUGCCUCUCCCCCCUCCCCCAGAGCCCCGCCUGGAGGACAUGGAGCCCGUCCAGGACCUGUUUGAGGAUGAGGACUACCUGGAGCAGGAGCUGGAGGCCAUGUCGAUGGGUCUGCCCCCGCCCGAUUCCCUCUCCAACCCCUCCAGCCUUCCCAUCAUUCAUAGCCCACCGCUCUCCCCCACACAUCCAGAUCAUAUCUAUUUAACUGGAGGCUCGCCCAUGGGCCAGCCCUACGAGUAUCACCCCACCUCGUCCUCCAUGUCCUCUCCAACCCGCGGGACGUACCAUUCAACGUCGCCCUCUUUAUCCCCAACGCAUCAGAACUCCCACUACCGCCAUAGCCCACCUCACACCUCCCCGGUGCACCAGCCAUCCUACCGUUUCAGCCCGCCACCUAUGGGCACCGGGGGUCAGGGAAUGGAUCACCAGAGCCCACCGCCUUCCCCUUUACGUCGGGCUGCACAAUACAGAGCCAGUCCGCCGGUAGAGAGUGUUUGUCUGUACAGGUCCCAGUCCGGGUCUCCUGUGCGCUACCAGACCGAGCAGCACCCCGGCCGACCCAAAUCCCCCCUCUCUAAGAUGAGCAGUCAGCGUUCUUUCCAACUGAGCUCCCAGCCCUCGUUAUCCUCCGGGCACCACCAAGCCCAGGGCCUUCGCCUCCAGCCUUCUAUAGCCCAGAUAGUCCGCACAAACCAGCCCAGCAAUGUAAUGGGCAACAACAGUUACGGAGGCCCGAUGGGCCACUCCAUGGGUGGUCGCUACCAAGGGGGCUCGGUGGAUGUGGAGAGCCGGCUGGUGUAUCAGCCCUCCCUUGAUGGACGGUCUAUGCCACAGGUCCAGGCCAGCCUCAGCUCUGGGGCCCUCUGUCAGCACGGCGGCCGAGGAGGGGUUAUGGAGUCGAACCUAUUGAAGGAAGAGAUACCCCAGCGCCCCUCCUCUGCCUACCGCGCCAGCAGCGGGGGCCCAGGGGGCAUCCGUUACAGCCAGACACCUCAGAUCAGCCGCAGCCAGUCGGCCGCCUACUACCCAGUCUCUGAACACAUACUGGAGCGUGCAAACGCCAUGCCCCCCUGUCAGCUGGGCUCGCCUGAGAUCCCUCACAUGGUGAGACGCCCCGUCAGUGCCAAUACUACUGAGUUGAAGCAGCACGUGCCCACCCCCAGGCCUCUCAUCCACUCCCAGAGCGUGGGCCUUCGGUUCUCCCCCUCCAGCAACAACAUCUCUACUGGAUCCACCUCGAACUUGGCGCCGGGCUUCAGGCCUUCCUCUUCCAUUCAGCAGAUGGAGAUCCCCCUGCAGGCUUCAUAUGAGCGCAGCUGUGAUGACAUCUCUCCCAUCUCUCCCUCGCAGGGCGGCGGGGGGCUGUAUCAGGGCGAGACCAGCCGCUCUCGGAACACGCCCUUCAUGGGCAUCAUCGACAAGACGGCGCGGACUCAGCAGUACCUGCAUCAGCCCACGUGGUCCAGGGGCAUGACGUCCAUGGACUCUGCGAUUAGCCCCACCUCUCCCGGCCAGCUGGUCCAGCAAGGCUCCACUUACAGCCCCCCCGCCUCACUCGGCAACAUCGCCUACUAUAACAAGACUAACAACGCCCAAAACGGACACCUGCUGGAGGAGGACUACUACACCCAGCCCCAGCCCCCCUCCCUUGGCAAACUGUCUAACGGCUCCCGCGGCGGUGGGGACAUCCUGGAGCGGGUCAGCCAGGUGCCCACCUACCCGGACGUCAAGGUGGCGAGGACUCUGCCCGUGGCACAGGCCUACCAGGACAACAUGUACCGCCAGCUCUCGCGUGACUCCCGCUCCCAAGGCCCCACGUCCCCCAUCAAACCAAAGAGACCAUUUGUGGAGUCAAACGUGUGAUGGCCUGUCUGUGACUGGUCGGUGGGACUGGGCUCGUUAGAAGCGAACGGACGGUUGGACAGACCCUUGUACAUGUGACACGGACGAACUUGUCCUACAGAAACUCACGAGAGACAAAUCCAGUCGGAGAGAGAGGAAACCACACAGCAGGCACAACGGUGAAGCGAUCAUUUCAUUCUCAUACUCUGCACACAGGUAGGAAAACGGGAGGCUCUCCACAAAUUCUGAUCUCACACUGAUUCAAAGACCAGUGCACUUCCAAAAUGGUGGUGAGGCACAAAGUUCCCACAGGUGAACACAACAGAGCGAAAGGUACCAAUAAUCGGACUCUACUCGUGGACUCUGCAUCCAUCCUCUGUUCUUACAAAGUGUGCUCUUAAGCAAGGUUGCUAGUAGGCUCUAUUCUAUGUAACACAAUACUAUAUGUUCAAUACUGUACAUUGCUCAGAAAAAAACUAAAAUGGCUCAACAACUCAGUACUUAGAGAAAUAUGACAAUAUUUAUAAUUAAGUUAUAUAUUGUACAUAGAGAUAAAAACAAAACAUAGUUUGCGUCUGAAUUGUAUUCUGUUACUCCUGCCUUUGUGUCCCACUGCUAGUCAUAUGGAAACCGGCCAGGAGGCGGGAGGAGGGACGGAGACCGACUUUGAGAGACAUUAAUACCUCGGGUUUUGUCAAAAUAGAAGAAAAUAAUACUUUGUCGUGGUUUAUGCUUUUUCUGCUGCAAUACGCCCUCGAUGUAAACUACUGCUGCAACCGAUGAUUUUCAUUUUUCUGUUAAUCUCCAGCACAUGUUUUUGAUUUAUCUCUUUAUGAUAAUGAGACAAACAACCAUCAGUCCAAAACCCAAAGAUACAAACAAAAAGCUAAAUCUGACUGAAAUGAUGAAUUCACUAUCAUGUCACUUGCCCGUCGAUUGUUUCAGGUCUGAGUCGAGGACAGGAUCCAACUGAUCCCAGAACAGUCAAAGUAAAUACGUGCACCUUUAAAAGGUUGAGACAUUUCUGAGGUUGAGACACUAGAUUUUUCUGUUUAUCCUUUUUUAAGCAUCAUUCCUGUGAACGUUUAAUAACAUAUUUGUCUCCAGCUCCUUGUCAUAACAAGGACAGUUUGUUCUAUUAGGAGAAAAGAAAAAAGGCCUUAAGUGCAAUAACUGUGUUUACAGUUCGAAGCCUUGUCGACAGAAACGUUCAUUCAUCUUUAUCUGAAUGAUCCGGAUCAAAUGAUAAACACUAAAAGAAUCUUUUAAGAGUCAAAGUUUGUCUCAGUCCCUCCUCGGUUCCUAACGACACUGAACGUCCAUACGAGAGACAACUUGCUGGUGAUGGGUUAACAUGGUUAGUGCUCAGCGACUAUGAGCAAGCAGAUGCGUACACACGACCACUGUAACAGACGUUCUCCCCCUGACUCCUGCAUUAUCUCGUGCCGUUUCUUUUUACCCAUAAUGCAUUUUUACGCCGCCACCUCUGCACUAAAAAUGCCUGUUAAGUUCCUAACUAAGGGUGCACUUUAUGUAUUUUACUUACUGUGUUGUUCUGAUUGUUGAAAUGUUGGAGAACGUGGGUGUGUGAUGGGUCAGACCCCUGGCCACUGAUACCAGACUAUCAAGGACACUUAUUAUUAUUAUUAUUAUUAUUAUUAUUAUUACCAUAUGAUUUACAAAGCAGUGAUGAAUGACAAUAUGAAGAGCAAACAAUGUUUUUAACAGGUGAAGAUGUAUAGACUUUCUAGCACAAGUUGUAUAUACUGGCUCAGAUGUUCCACUCCGUCCAGCUCGGGUUCGUUAGUUAAGCAAAGUCUGUUUGAAGAAGCCGAUCAUAUUUAAGUAAUGAUAAAAAAAUUAAAUAAAAAAAAUCAAUAAGUCUCCAGAUGAGCCAGUCCAAUCCACUGGUCCUGCACACGCCUUGAAAAUAAGUGGAAUCUACUGCAAACAAAAAAUAAACAAGACUGACAUUUCAGAAACUCUGUAUCUGGAGUUUGACUUGAAAAAAGUGGGAUAACGAGAAUAUUCAAGUUAUUUGUAUAUGUGGGAAAAGGUUACAGAUCGUUUGUCUGGAACGUUUUUAUUUUGGUUCUAGAUAAAGAAUAUCUAAAAAGGAGACGGCUCCUCCUGAACGUCUCCUCUUUAUCCUCAGUUCACCUGCUACCAGAGAAUCGCCCGACUUAUCUUUACAGAGAUUAAGGUAUAAACUGUAAGAUACUUCAUUUAAACUGGACUUCUCAGUUGAGGGUGUAUGGUUUCAAGCUGUGUGUGUAUAUUAGUUUGCUGUACAUAGUCUGAUGCAUGUUCUAUUCUUUCCACGAGCUCAAGCGGAAACAUGUAUAGCAGUGUCCCGGCUCUGGUGUGUGAUACAGUGUUUGGAUCGAGAUAAGGAGACUGCGAUCCCUGAACUGUCCUUAUCAUUUUCCUCAAACCUCGCCAGACAAAAGGGAAAAUGUUAUUUUUCUUUUCUUUUAAUGUAUUUGCUUGCUGAGCAGAGUUCUCUUGUCUGUAAAUGUGAGCUUUCAGAUCGCUGUGACAAAAAGUUUAAUUAAAAACAAAUAAAAAGAAUGUGUUUUUAUCUCAUGAUAACUGAUUGUAAUCUGUACAGUCAGAAACAAAAAAGAGCAUAUUUAUAAAUGGUUACCAACUGAAA